UCUCACACAAUUCUACUUGUUCAGCCCACCAAGAGGCCAGAAGGCAGAACAUAUGCUGAUUAUGAAUCAGUCAACGAGUGCAUGGAAGGAGUCUGCAAAAUGUAUGAAGAGCAUCUGAAGAGAAUGAAUCCCAACAGUCCGUCCAUUACAUACGAUAUCAGCCAGUUGUUUGACUUCAUUGACGACUUGGCAGACCUCAGCUGUCUGGUCUACCGUGCCGACACUCAGACAUACCAACCCUACAAUAAAGACUGGAUAAAGGAGAAGAUCUACGUGCUCCUCCGCAGGCAGGCGCAGCAAGCGAGCAAAUAAUGGCAGCAGCAGCAGCACCACGCGGGUCUGGGGGCGGGCUUGGACAACAGGCGUGUACAGAGUGUAGUAGUGAAAGUUUUGUAUUAUAGUCGUCCUGUUGCCAUCUUGUUAAACUCUUUAGCCAGGACUGAAUGUAUUCUUAGAGAUGCAAGGGGGUUGUUGGAUGGGGAAACUUUUCUUUUGGUGUAAAUGGAGAAGAAGGCGCAACAUCUUUGGCAGAGAGUUAACAUGUUUUUUUUCCUCUGGUUAGCUGAUGGUCCUACCUUAUUCAAACGCCAGGGCUGUUUGCAUAUUACUUCACCACAUUCGCUGUAUGUGCCCUUCUGUGGGGUUUCCAAUAUUUAGUUAUGUCCUUCA